GUUCAUCAGACCGAGACGCGUUGGAUGGUGGUUAUAGACGGAGCCAAGCUCCUCUGUGAACGCUGGGAGCAGGUCGAGCGGCUUUUUUGCGACUUCGCUAGAAACCUCAACAAGACGACUGUCAGAAACUACUGGGUCCAGUCGGCGUACAUGCUUCGAGAUCCUUUCUUUCAUGUUCAUGUCAUGUUCACGGCAAGGCUCAAAGAGUUGUUGUUCGACUGGGCGUACAACUGGAUUCAUGGCAAGGGGGGGUUCUUUCUGAAGGGCGAAGGGGUCGAUCGGCGGCUGUUUCCUGGGAUGCGUUUGGUGGAGGUGGCUGACUUCUCUCGCCUGCUGCUCCAAAAGUUGGAGACGAUCCGCAAGGAUCCCAAGACGUACUUCGCGGCGCUGCUAGACCGCGUUCGAGCUACCCUGAGUGACCCGAUGGUGAAAUUUUUCAUGUUGGCCUUCAGCGAGGACAGGGUUUUUUUUGCCGAGUUCAAGAAGCGAUGGAUCAAGUGGAUGCAGCGGCAUCAGGAGCUACCUCUGAGCAUGGCGCGGAUUGGAUGCCCCUCGUUUUACGCUCGGACAGGAAUAAUGGGGGGGGGGGCUGUAGAGCAGGCGGUGGGGCCGGAGUUUGCGCGUGCUUUCCUCCAUGUAGCGUGGCCUGGUCUAUACGAGGGAGAGCCACGCACGGAGAGGGAGAGAGAGUACCGAACGCAGCUCGUGAAGGAUUUGGGGGGAACCACCGAGGCACGAAGGAAAGAUGAGUUGACUUUCGGGCUGUUUUCCUGUAUUGAUGGGGAUCUUUCUGUGAGGAGUGAACUCGAGCAGUAUGCGAAUUCUGGGUGGGGUAACAAGGAGAUUGACGAGAGUGCACCGAAGAGUACGUCAGAGCUGGCGCGUCUGCUCGAUUUUCCCCUCCUAUACCAGUUGGUAUGUCACCGAUUCUACUUCGUUCCCAUUCACCAGCAGUUGAUCGAGGCCUUCUUUUCGAAGAAUAUCGUGUGCGCCGAUGCAACCGGUGACCAAAUUAGUGGCGCCGGCAACAAGGUUCUAACGGAGGCAACGGAAGCAAAGGCUAUCUCCCACGCACGCAAACCGGCCGAGAACUUAAGCAGAAAAAGAGUGUUGGAACCGGAAGCUGCAGAGGAUUUGCUGGAUGUUGUUGUUGUUGUUGUUGUUUCUCACAUUAGCUCUAAAAAACAAAAUUGGGAGCCCGUGGUCUCAAAACCCGGCAUACACGACCCCACGAAGNGA